AUGGCAGACACAGGAGGCGCUGCCCCUGCAGGCUCAGCUGGGGACACUGCUUCAAGACCGCGCGGUGACGGUAGUCGUGGUCGAGGUCGAGGAGAUCGCUCCAGACGAGGUAGAGGGCGAGGCGACGGCAGUGGACCAAGCCGUGGAGGAAAUCGAGGCCGAGGAGGACGUGGCGGGAACAACCAGAACGGCCCCAGGCCAGAAGAGCAGGAGAACGAAGGUCCCAGGCUCACGCCAGCGGCCAAAGAAGCCCUCCUCAGGCCGUCAGAGCCCAAGCCAAAGGCUGAUGACGCAGGCGACGGCCAAGACGCUGACGAGGACGACGACGAAGUCUGCUUCAUUUGCGCCAACCCGAUCCAACACCACUCUGUUGCGCCCUGUAACCAUACCACCUGCCAUAUCUGCUCAUUACGACUACGGGCAUUGUACAAGAAUAAAGACUGCGCGCACUGUCGAACACCUGCGCCUUUUGUCAUCUUCACCGACGAUGCAUCGAAACGUUUCGAAGCCUAUACCGAGGCCGACAUCUCUAGUGCGGACGAGAACAUAGGGAUCCGCUACACGAAUGAGGAUAUUGUGGGCGACACGGUCCUGCUGCUGCGGUACAACUGUCCCGAUCUCUCCUGCGAUUUUGCCGGGAUGGGCUGGCCCGACCUGCACAGGCAUGUGCGGUCGGUGCAUCACAACAAGAUGUGCGAUCUCUGCACGCGGAACAAGAAGGUAUUUACGCACGAGCACGAGCUGUUCACGGACAAGGCUCUGCACAAGCACAUGGCACAUGGCGAUGACAGGCCUGGAGAUGUUGCGCAGACGGGGUUCAAGGGCCACCCCCUCUGUGGCUUCUGUGGCGAGAGGUUCUACGACGACGAUAAGCUGUACGAACACUGCCGGAACAAGCACGAGCGGUGCUUCAUCUGUGAUAGGAGGGAUUCUAGGUCACCGCACUAUUAUCAGGACUACAAUGCGCUGGAAAAGCACUUCAACAAGGAUCACUUCUUGUGUCUGGAUCGCGAAUGCUUGGAAAAGAAGUUCGUGGUGUUCGAGUCGGAGAUGGACCUCAAGGCUCAUCAAUUGAGCGAGCACAGAGACACUCUGUCCAAGGAUGUACGAAGAGACGCCCGAAUGGUGGAUCUCUCUGGCUUUGACGUCCGGGAACCGUAUCAGGAGGAACGGAGAGGAGGUGGACGAUCUAGGGGUGGGAGAGAGGGUCGCGGAAGGGGUAGGGACCCCAACGCUGAUGCGCCUCUGCCUCGCAGCACGGCACAACCUCUACGACGAGACGAACUUGCAUACCAGAGGCAGAUGGCCAUCCACUCAGCUCAGUCAAUCUCUAACCGCACCUUUGGUGGCCAACUAACGACCACAGCCAACACCUCCGGUCCCACACCUGCAACUGCUCGCAAUCAGCAACGACAAAAUGGUGCCUCAUCAUCAUCAGCAUCACAGCCUCAGCCUCUCGCCGACGCCCUGUCCACACUCUCCGUGACCGACCAAGCCAACAUGACCCCGGCCGAACGUGCCCGCCUCGUCCGCCAUGGUGCGGUCAUCGAGCGCGCAUCCAACCUGCUAGGCAACGACGCCACCAAGAUGAACGACUUCCGCUCGCACAUCUCCUCCUACAAGUCCGGCAGCCUCACGGCACCAGGCCUGAUCGACUCGUUCUUCUCGCUCUUCACUGACACCUCAGCCAACGCGCUGGGCACACUCGUGCGCGAGGUGUCGGACCUCUUCGAAGACAAGGCCAAGGCCGAUGCGCUACACAAAGCAUGGCAGGACUGGCGCGCCAUCAACGAGGACUACCCGUCGCUGCCCGGCCUGGGCGGCAUGCACGGCGCAGCCACCAGCUCCAGCGGCUGGGCCGCAGCCGCCGGCUCCGGGCCCUCGCUGCACCCGGGCAGCGGCGGUGCCACGGCCGCCGCCCGCGAGAGGCACACCACGCGCGUGCUGAAGCUCAAGAACUCCACCCAGGCCCGCCGCGGUAGCGUCCCCGGCGCGGAACUCGCCGGCCCCGGGCCAAGUACCGUGCAGUGGUCCAGCCCAUCACGGUCGGCCGCGGCAUCGUCUUCAUCAUCCGCCGCGUUCCCGGCACUUCCGCCCGCGGCGGGCAGCAAGAAAUCCGCCACUGCCGCCGCAAAAUCGGCACCGCUGUGGAUCGGCGGCACGCAGCCGGCCGUGACGGGCAGCGCGUCCGCGUCCGCGGCCGCAAGCCGGUCGUCGACGCCCACGGUCCGGCGGGCGGCACCUAGCGCCGGUGGCGGGCGCGCCCCGCCGCGCGACGACGCGUUCCCCGCGCUGCCUGCUGCGCCCAAGGUGCAGACUACGAUUUUUGGGUACGGCGGGGGCCGCGGGGUGAGGCGGGACUUCGGCGGCGCGCGGGAGACGGGGUUCUCGUGGGGUGGUGGGGCGGCUGGGGAGGAGGCUGGUGGUGCCGGGGAGGAGGCGGGUGAGGGUGAGGGUGGGGCUGCGGGUGGGAAGAAGAAGGGGAAGGGGAAGAAGGGGAAGAAUGUGCUUGUUGCUUGGGGAUAG